GGGCGGCUCCAGCCCCAUCCCGGGAAUGAGGAACCGGGAACCAGGGGGGCCGGGACCGGACACGGGGCUGCUGGGGCCCCAUUGGCCGCCGCCCCCGUCACUCCGGGCCGCCCCCGCCCCAUUGGCUGCGUCCGGGGCUGCGGGAGCGACGCGCGCCGAGGCGGGUCCCGGGAUGGCGGAGCUGGCCUGGAGCCCCGGGCUGGCGGCGCGGGCCCCGCCGGGGCUGGAGGCGAAGCUGGGGGCGCUGGUGCUGCUGCUGCUGCUGCCGCUCGGCUGCGGGCUCGGGCCGCUCUGCUGCUUCCCGCACAGCACCGGCUCCGAUGCGCACAGCGCGGUGCUGAGCCUGGUGAGCUGCUUCGCCGGCGGCGUCUUCCUCGGCACCUGUCUGCUCGACCUCCUGCCCGACUACCUGCGCAGCAUCGGCGCCGCGCUCGAGGGGCUGCGCGUCCCCCAGCUCCAGUUCCCCUUGGCUGAGUUCAUCCUGGCCAUGGGCUUUUUCCUGGUGCUGGUGCUGGAGCAGAUCGCUCUGGCGCAGCGGGACCCGCCGCCCGCCGCCGAAGAGUCGCGCUCCCUCCUUCCCAACACCUCCUCCAUCCAAACGUCGUCGCCCUCGGCUGGUGGCGGGGCGCGCGGUGCCGUGCGGGCGGCGCUGCUGGUGCUGGCGUUGGCGUUGCAUUCGGUGCUGGAGGGGUUGGCGCUGGGGCUGCAGGAGGCGGACGGUGCCGUGCUGCGCGUCUGCCUGGCGCUGCUGCUCCAUAAAUGCGCCGUGGCCUUCAGCCUGGCGCUCAAGCUGCUGCGCGCCCGCCUGCGCCCGCGUGCCGUGGCCGCCUGCCUCGCUCUCUUCGCCAUGAUGUCCCCGUUGGGUGUCGGCUUGGGGACGGCGGUGGCAGCCGGUGCGGGGCCGCGGCAGCGUCUGUGCCGAGGGGUUCUGGAAGGGUUGGCGUCUGGAACUUUCCUCUACAUCACUUUCUUGGAGAUUUUGCCCCAGGAGUUGGGGGUUCCUCAGCAUCGUGUGCCCAAAGUCAUCCUGCUUCUUGCCGGCUUCACCCUCGUCACCGCCAUCCUCUUCAUUAAGAUGUGAGGAACCCAAACCCCUCAUCACCACCACCAUCCUCUUCAUCAAGAUGUGAGGAACCCAAAACUCUCGUCACCAUCAUCCUCUUCAUUAAGAUGUGAGGAACCCAAACCCCUCAUUGCCACCAUCCUCUUCAUUAAGAUGUGAGGAACCCAAACCCCUCAUCGCCACCAUCCUCUUCAUCAAGAUGGGAGGAACCCAAAACUCUCGUCACCAUCACCCUCUUCAUCAAGAUGGGAGGAAUGCAGCCCCCCCAGUGCAGGAUCCCCAGGGCACGGGGGUCCCCUAUGCCCCCCCCAUACCAAGUGCUAGAGCUCCACGAGCCGCCCCGUACCCCCCCGCACACACUCCAGGGUGGAGGGGUCCAACCACAGGGACCCACUCAUGCCUCAGUUUCCCCAUCUGCAGAGGGGAAGAGGCACUGGACCUGGGGAAGGUGGGGUCCCCUCUGCACCCCCCUGCUCUGUACAAAGUGCCAGAGCUCCAAGAGCCGCCGCCACCCCUAAAGCACCCCAAGUUGCAGGGGGGGUCCACUCACAGUUCCCCCCCAGGCACCUCAGUGCCUCAGUUUCCCCACCUGCAUAGCGGGAACGGUGCUCUCCCCCCGCCAUGCGGGACCCCAGAACAUACGGAGGGGGGUGACUGUGACCCCCCCCACAAACCCAUAAGUGCCUUUACAGCAGGGGAGUGCCCUCAGGAUGCAGCCCCUGCCCCCCCCCCCCCCUCCCGGGCAGGGGGUGG